UCCCCAGCUGUACAUGGCUCUCUCGGGACUGAGAUGAUGAGAGAUGUACUUGUGUGCUCAGGGCAUAGUGUCUGCUUCGAAGGGGAUAUGCUUCUUGUCCUCACUCUGCCAUCCUGCUGAAGUCUCCAUCGCCGGUUUCUCAGUAACCGUGUGGUGAUUUUAGAUACUACAGCUCCCAGCAUGCAAUUGUACCGGUGGGUGGAGAACUGGAGGAGGAAGUCUUACCUGCCAGGACAGUUUGCAGGGUCAGGGCAGGACGAUUCCUUUGACUUCCUGUUUAAGAUCAUUCUGAUUGGGGACUCCAACGUGGGCAAGACCUGCGUGGUCCAGAAUUUCAAGUCAGGGAUCUUCACUGAGAAGCAGCAGAAUACCAUCGGGGUUGACUUCACAGUCCGGACACUGGAAAUCGAGGGCAAAAAAAUCAAGAUGCAGGUUUGGGACACUGCCGGCCAGGAGCGCUUCCGCACCAUAACUCAGAGUUACUACCGCAGUGCCCACGGCGCCCUGAUCACCUACGACCUGACACGCCGUGCCACUUUCGAGUCUGUCCCCCAGUGGAUCCAUGAGGUGGAGCAGUACGGGGCUGCCAGUGUGCUGCUCGUCCUCAUCGGGAACAAGUCAGACCUGGAGUCCCAGCGGCAGGUUCUGUUCGAGGACGCCUGCACGCUGGCAGAGGAGCGGGGCAUGCUGGCGGCCCUGGAGACGUCGGCCAAGGAGUCGCACAACAUCGAGGAGGCCUUUCUGCUGAUGGCGCGAGAGCUGAUGGCGCGCAACGGCAUGAUGGUCCAGCAGCAAUCGCCGCAACAGCAGUCUCACAUCCUGCUGCGUGCCAACUCAAGGCCCAUCGAAGGCCCAUCUCCAGCGGAGAGGAAGGCCUGUAACUGCUGAGGGCUGGCUGGGGAGGCUCUUAGGCCCACUCACGCUCAUCCGACUCGGCUGUCGCAGUGAUGGAGAAUCCCCUCAACAUGGCUGGUCCUAGUUGGAGAGGGGGGGGGGUGGGACAACAAAAUAUACUAUGAAUAAGCGUGUUAUUUAAUUUACCGUAUGGUCAAUUUGUCUUUUUUGAACAAGCUGACAGGAUCACAGAUGCAUGAAUGUGAAACAGAGAUAGAUGCCAAAAUCUAAACUCAUUAUAAAGAAGCCAGAUGCCUUUAAGUUGGUGGUGGUUGAGGGUCAGAGUUCUGCCGGUUUUUGAUUAGUGUUUUAUACAGAUAAUACCAAGUAAGGUCAUUCUCAGCAGAGUUAACAUGCAGGGGCGGGCUUAGGGCACCUCUGCUCUGCUCUGCUCGUCCCGUUCAAACGCUGCAUUGUUUUGUUCUAAGCCUCAAGUGCUGCAAGCAGGGAAAAGGCUUCAGAAUGAGGAGGGCAGCACCUGUUCAGGAUAUUUUAUGGGUCACUUCGAGUUUCACUUCAAUAAAAAAAGACACAUACUGCAA